UAUAACGCAUACGUUAUAGGGUUUGUAACGCAUGCGUUAUGAUUUCGUAUUCUGUAAAUGCAUCUUAACGCAUGACGUCCAUAACGUUGCGUUAUUUUAGCGUUAAAUUUGCGUUAUGCUAUUUAUCACUAUAGAAUCGUAUUCUGUACGCUACUUCAACGCAAUUUGUGAUACGUUCCUUUGAUUUAUAUAAAGCAACCGUAACGCGGGCUAUUAGGAAGUGUUAAAAUCUCAUUACGCGAUAGAAAUACGUGUGUAAAUUGUUAUUGCUGCACAAAAGAAAUGGCUGGAAUAUUCUUAAACAUAUUAUUAAGGGAAGAGGAAAGGGAAGAGAGAGAGAUAGCAAUGAGAGAAAAUGCUUCAGUAAUGAGGGAAUUAAGAGACACAAUUAAUCCAUUCAAUUUGACGGAUGAUCAAUUUAUAAGAAUCUUUCGCUUAUCAAAAGAAGCGAUUCAUUAUCUAUGUGAUGUUCUUCGACCUCAUCUGCAGCGCAGACGAAGAAGUGGAUUAAGUGUAGAAACUCAGAUUUUAGCUGCAAUACGAUUUUUCGCAAUUGGCUCCUAUCAGAAAGGUGUUGGUAACGAUUACUUGGUAUCUAUAUCACAACCAGCUGUUAGCAGAGCAAUAACAGCAGUGUCAGCAGGGGUUACUCAAUUACUGGCUAAUGAAUGGAUAAAAUUUCCAAGAACAGAGGAGCGGCGAACAGCUUUAAAAGAAAGAUUUCAAGAAAAAAGAAAUUUUAAAGGUGUAAUAGGUUGUCUUGAUUGUACUCAUAUUGCCAUUAUAAAACCAACAAAUCACGAAGAAGCUUAUGCAAACCAUAAAGGUUUCCAUUCUCUUAAUGUGCAGGCAAUUUCGUCACACGAUUUAGAAAUAUUAAGUAUAAACGCCAGAUUUCCGGGAAGUGUUCAUGACAGUUUUAUUUGGAAAAAUUCUGCCGUAAGAGACGAAAUGAUACGUUUAUAUAAUUCUGGAGAUCGAUCAACAUGGCUUUUGGGCGAUUCAGGUUACGGCUUGGAACCUUGGCUGAUGACACCGAUUACAAAUGCCCCAGAAGGAAGUGCAGAAGCACAGUAUACACAAUGCCAUUCAUCUACCAGAAAUUGUAUUGAAAGAACGUUUGGAGUGUUAAAGAACACAUGGAGAUGUCUUCUUAAACAUCGUGUGCUACAUUAUAAACCUAUUGUAGUAUCAAAUAUAGUCAUAACUUGUGCUGUACUUCACAAUAUCAGACUCCAUUAUAAACUUAUGAAUAGAGAUUUCGAUAUCGAUGAAGAGGGUGAGGCUGAAGCUAUACGAAGAGCCAUGCUUCCAGAGAAUCUCGAAGCAUGUAAUCGUGUUAGAUUACAGGCACAAGAAAUAAUUGACAUUCAUGAUAUGCACUUAAAUCCCGGAAAUAUAUUAAUAGAAGCAAGAAGAACACAAAGGAGAAUUCUUCGCAAUCAAUUUGGUUUACGUGAAGAUGACAGAUAAUUUUCACAGAUAAACAUGCUUUAUUUUAUCAUUGUACACAUUUAAUACGUCUAACAAACUUGUAUAACAUGUAUUGUAUUGUAACAUGUAUUUUUAUAUAUAAUCUUUUUAUAAAUUGCGUAUAUAUAAUAUAUAAAUA